CAUUUUGCAAGACUUUCCCCUUCUUCAUUUUUAUCGAUCCGUGCUCAGGUCGCCGUCGGAGUGUGCCCUUUCCCUCAGUCCAGUCCCAUCCUAUCUCGUUGGGACCGACCGAUAAGGACAGGACCUCUCACCUCUUGCGGCCAUUGAUGGGAACAAAAGGUUGACGCCCUGCGACCAGAAAGCAAAAACACCCCCUAGUCGACUAACCCCCCGACGAGACCUGGAAUCGCCAACAGGAACGAAGAACGGAUCGGGACUUGUGCAAAGUGGAAGUGGAAUGCCAGGAGAUUGAAGCAUCUUGACCUAUCACUAACAUCAAUUGCUAAACCACACCGCUAUGCACCGCCACUGGCACUACCACUUCCAUCCCACGCCAACUCUUCGUCCUCCAGUUCCUCCUCGCCUUUUGGGGUUUCAAUCCGUUGCCCUCCGAUAACUGCGUGAUAAAAAGACGGAUCAUCUUGCCGCCAAUUCCCGUUUCUGAUGCGCGGCUGCUGCUGCUGCCGCUGCCCGGCCACUCCGAUAACCUGAGGGGUGCAGUAACCUGACCCACCCCACCUACAAUAAUACCUCUGCCGCCGAUCCGGAGUGACUUCGACUGCACAUCCCGAGCUACCUCUACCCAUCGUCACGUCAACACUACUACUUGCUACUACAACUUACCCAUUACGACUGGAACAUCCGAGACUCUAGUUCCAAGCCGCCCGCCAUCAGCCACCCCCCAACGGGCUCGGCAAACAACAAACAAAAAAAAGUAGUGUUGAGUGCCAGCAUGACGGCCGCGAAUCCGUCUCCUCCACGCUCGAACCAGUCCACUCCUUCUUCCGAUAACACUGAUGGUGACACAUUGCUUCCUCCUUUGCGUCCCAAGCCAAGGACGCUGCCUCCAUGGAUCGACUCGUAUGAAGAGAGAUAUGGACAACCGUCCACCGGCCAGGGGGGGAUCUUGAACCGACCACCCCCACGCACAGUCCAGCCACAACACAACGGCACGCCAACCGAACCACGAAGGGUAUCGAAAGAUGGAUUCGUGUACGAACCAGAUGGGCUAGAGCGGAGGAACGAUUCCAAGAUGAAACUGCGGCGGAUUCUGAGACGCGGGGACGGCAUGGAGCGCGGCCGGAAAUGGGACCAUCUCCGAACGGACGAACCCGUCAUUCUCCACCGGAAUGCGCACUACACGUCCAACUCGCCCUGGUCCGAAUUCAUCCACUCGUCGCAGUGGGGCCACAUGCCGAAUGAGCAGUCGGAAGUGGUCGACUACCAAACACUCGAGAAGCUGCAACCAAACUUGAAUUUGCCCGUGCACCUGCCCGAAUCCGAAGACGUUUACAAGUCUCGCACCGGGAGGAGGUCGGCCUUGUACAAGCGACUCUGGCAGCACGUCCUCCGCCAUCCCUUGGUGCCGUUACUCUUCCGGUCCCUCGUACUCAUCACCUCCAUCUGUGCCCUCGCCCUUGCGAUUCGUAUCUACCAGCUCGAAGGUCGGCGGCGCUCCAACCAGCAAGAACUACAGAAUCAGAUUCUCGCUCGAUUACGAGCCCUGCAUUCAGCCUCCAAUUCCGAAGGAUACGUCGACCAAGAGCUUUCCCUGAUAAGACAGAUCUCGCCCGGGUCGUCAGAGCGGACUCAAGCGAUAGUGGCGAUUGCGGUGGACACGAUAGCGAUUCCCUAUAUCGGGUACAUGCUCUGGGACGAAUACACGGGCCGCCCAUUGGGACUAAGGCCGGUGACGCAAAAGAGCGGGUUGGUGCUGAUGGAUGUGUUUUUCAUCGUGUUCAAGGCGGCCAGCACGGCGUUGGCAUAUGAGGUGUUGGUUUAUCAUAACAGUCAAGAUCGCUUCACGGACCAUUUCAGCCAGGCGCUGGCCGCGUUUCAGCUGCUUGGGCUUUUUUUCUGGUUGACCAACUUUACGGUCAAUGUGUUUAGGCUGGUAGUAAAGCUGGGAGGCGGAGAUGAUUUGGAGACUCAGAGGGGAAGGUAAUGACGGUUAUAAUGGGCGGUCAAGCCCCGAAGGAUAUUGAGAGGGAAAGAAAAACAAAGCGGGGGAGAUGAAUCACGUCGAACGUCUCCAACCACCCGCAUGGGAGCAUACUUACUUGCAUUUUCUCGUACUUUGUCGAUACCUCAGCACGGUUCUGCCUCUGUGUUCUUUUGGGUGGGGUUUUUGGAUUAGCAAAUUAGCAUACAGCGGUAACAAAUAGUGUUUGAUCAGUUGGUAAUGUUGGUGAUGUUGAUAUUAGCAAGGAUGGUGAUGAUUAUUACUCGAUUGUAUAUGCAUUAUGAGACAUGAAAAGGGG